AAAGCUGUCAGUGCAAACAACGGGUUCCAGAGGCACAACCAGGCGCCAUAAUGGACCUGCUGCACAGUGCUGGGGUGCAGGUGGUGCAGUACCUGCAGGAGAACUACCAGGGCUCCCAGGACUGGUUCCUCUUCAUCUCCUUCGCUGCCGACCUUAAAACCACCUUCUUCAUCUUCUUCCCCAUCUGGUUCCACCUCUGCGAGGCAGUGGGCGUCGAGCUGAUCUGGGUGGCCGUGAUCGGGGACUGGCUCAACCUGGUCUUUAAGUGGAUCCUCUUUGGGCAGAGACCCUACUGGUGGGUCCAUGAGACCGAUUACUAUGGCAACGCCUCUACCCCUGUGAUCCAGCAGUUCCUCCUCACCUGUGAGACCGGCCCAGGAAGCCCCUCAGGCCACACCAUGGGUUCUGCUGGAGUCUGCUACGUCAUGGUGACUGCCCUGCUGCCCUGCGCCCGGGGCACCCGGCACGGAUCCUGUGCAGCCAGGUGCCGCCGCAGCCUCCUGUGGCUUGUGUUCUGGGCCGUGCAGGUCUGCGUCUGCUUGUCCCGAGUCUUCCUAGCUGCUCACUUCCCCCACCAGGUGAUCGCAGGUGUCAUCUCAGGCAUGGCAGUGGCUGAAGCUUUCCGGCACAUCCCCUCCAUCUACAACGCCAGUCUCCGGAGGUACCUGGGCACCACCCUCUUCCUCUUCAGCUUCGCCCUGGGCUUCUACCUGCUGCUGAAGGCUCUCGGCGUUGACCUGCUGUGGUCAGUGGAGAAAGCCAAGAGGUGGUGUGACCGGCCGGAGUGGAUCCACAUUGAAACCACCCCCUUCGCCGGCCUCCUCAGGAACCUGGGCAUCCUGUUCGGGCUGGGGCUGGCCCUCAACUCCCAGAUGUACCUGGAGAGCUGCAAAGGGAAAAUGGGCCAGCAGCUGCCCUUCCGCCUGAGCUGCAUCGCGGCCUCGCUCCUCGUCCUGCACCUCUUCGACUCCUUCGACCUCCCCACGGACAGAGAGCUCCUGUUCUACGUCCUGUCCUUCUGCAAGAGCGCCGCUGCCCACCUGUGUGCUGUGGCUCUCAUCCCCUACUGCAUCGCCCAGGUGCUCAGGAGGGGCGACAAGAAGAUCCUGUAGCUGACCUGCAAACUUGCGUCGUAGCUGCCAAGCCAGGCUGCUCUUCGGGGCAGGGGAAUGUGCUCUGCAGGGCUCCCCCUUCCCUGUCCCACUGCAGUAACAGGUCUCCUGGCACCACGGACCUCACAGCUCUGGGGUACGUGAUCAGCUCACGCGCACGGCUCAGGGCCGUGGAGUGGAGGGGGAAGUUCACUGUCUCCUGUCUGGGAAAGGAAGCGAGUGCCUAUCUCACACCUCAGUGCUGGCACAGGGUGAAAUGUAACGGGGUCCUCGUUUGGCCACAGCCCCUGGCCCAGCCCAGGCUGGCAGAAAUGGUAACCUCUGCUCCAGAGAGCGAGUGGAUAAGGGGGCGGUCAGGAACGCUGUUCCAGCCGAGGGGGAGGUGUCCCACACAGAAUUCGGUUCUAGGCCACAGUCAGCCUCUUACACCACGACGGACCAAACGCUCUCCAGCGGGGGGAGCAGUCGGCACCUACCAAUCUCAUGGCUCAGUCCCCUCUGGGCCAGUGCGUUUGGAUAGGGCGACACUGAACACCAAUGCUGUCAAUCAACUCGGCCCCAGCAGAGCAGGGACGGCGUGUCCCUGGGCUCCCGGGGCAGGAAAGCUGCGCUGAGGUUGCUAGGAGGGCCGUGGACGUGGGUGUGUCUGUGCGUUACCAGGGCUGUUACAGCUGGGCGGCACCCAGGUGGCCCGGGCUGAGGGACAGGAGCUAGCUGUGAAAUGCCUUUGGCAAUAAAAUUAGUAAAUUCCACUCAGCCUGUCCCACCCUCAGGCCAUCUUACUGAUGGGGCAACCUCUGCUCAUUGCCCCGGUGGGCCCUCCAGACACGCAGGGACCCAGAGCCUCCGAGAGAGAGUCACACGAAUGGCCAGACCGAUGGUCCAUCUAGCCCCGUGUCCUGUCUCUGACAGGGGCCGGUGCCAGAUGCUGCGGGGAAUGAACAGAGCAGGGCAGUUAUCCAGUCCCCGUCUGGCUGAGGGGAGCAUUCUAGAACAGUGGUUCUCAACCAGGGGUACACAAACCUGGGGGCACACACAGGUCUUCCAGGGCGAACAUCAACUCAUCUAGAUAUUGGCCUAGUUUUACAACAGGCUACAUGACUAGCACUAGC